AUGAGCUCUGAAAGCACAAUUCCGCCUCCAUCUUCUGUUAUCUUUGCGCGUGGGGUGAUAGCAAGACUGGCAGUAUGGGCGACUCUACGGCUCGCGGUCCAAGAAGGCUGGGGUGGCCCUGAUUCAGCUGCGAAACGGACAUGGCUCGCCUCAGUAAUCGUCGAUUCAUUCGAGGAGCAAAUACCAGCUCCGGACGACCAAUAUGUUGAAGAACAGCUACUUCAGAUCAUGGCCGAUGAAUUUGAGACGGUGAUAGAAGACGGCAGCGCGGAGACUGUGGCCCAGGAUAUCGUGAAGAUUUGGGACGAGACCCGGAUCGGGAAGCAAGCUUUGGUCCUACAAUUCGAAGAGCUUGCGGAAAAGGUCAAAGGGAAGCGACCGAAUGCACAGGAGAAGGUGGUCAGCGAUGACGAGGGCGAUUGGGAGGAUGAUGACGGUGAAGACGAUGAAGACGAGGACGAGGCACCGCGGCUGCUUGAGCAUCCCCCACCCAGACCCCCACCUCGAGAACCAGAAGUUGACGAAGAUGGAUUCACAAUGGUUAAAGGCAAAGGUCAAAGAUGA